UGAGUGAAGUGAAAAAUUAGAAACCCCAUGUUCCUUUAUCUACUCUAUCAUAAUUACUCCUUAAACUGCACCGUUUGGUGUCCUAAUCGUGUUAAAACGACAUCGUUUAUUUCCUUUAAUCGAUAAUCACCUUCUCCCUCGCUCCGCUCCUUGUCACCAUAUUUCUACUUUAAAAGGUUGAUACUCACAUGCCCCGCUCCAUGCCCGACCAAAUUAUCACCGGCAAUGCAGCUACUAAUUCCGCCAGCGCCACCUCCUAACCAGCGUUAACUCCAUUGUGCCACUCAAGCAAAAAGAAGGAAAUGGCCCAAGGCCUGAAGCUGAAAGUGCUUACCUUGAUCACCAAACUAUCAGACAGGGACACCUACAACCUCGCGGCCACCGAGCUAGAAUCCAUUGCCGGAACGCUGGAUAAUACGAGUCUUCCCACCUUCGUUUCAUGUUUACUCUCCACCGACUCCACCGACAAGCCUCUGGUCCGUAAGCAGUGCCUUCACCUCCUCUCCACCCUUUCUGUCCUCCAUUGCAAUUCUUUCUCUUCUUUCCUCCCCAGAAUCCUUUCCUACGUCGCACGCCGCCUCCGUGACCCUGACUCUUCUAUCCGCUCGCAAUGCGUCUCCACUGUUUCUUCGCUUGCUUCGAAAAUCACGAAACAGCCAUUUUCUUCCUCUUUCUUGAAGCCAUUGAGCGAAUCUGUUUUCACGGAACAGGACUUGAAUGCGCAGAUUGGAUCCGCGUUGUGUUUGGCUGCUGCGAUCGAUGCGGCGCCGGAUCCAGAGCCUGGGAGGUUAGGGAGGGCGCUCGUGCCAAAGCUGGAGAGGCUGUUGAAAAGCGACGGUUAUAAGGCGAAAAGUGCAGGAUUGGUUGUUAUGGGCAGUGUGAUUGGGGUGGGAGGAGUAAGCGGAUAUGCGGGGAUGGGCGGUUUGGUAAAGUCUUUAGUCGGCUUCUUGAGCAGCGAGGACUGGGCAGCGAGGAAGGCAGCAGCGGAGGCGCUUGGGAGGUUGGCGGUUGUGGAGAAAGAUGCCAUGGCGGAGUUCAAGAGUGGAUGCUUGAAAGUUCUGGAGAAUCGGAAAUUCGACAAGGUAAAGGCUACAAGGGAGGUGAUGAAUAAGAUGCUAGAAGCAUGGAAGCAGGUUCCAGAUGUUUCAGAGGAUGUGUCGCCACCACCUCGAUCUCAGGCUUCUUCAAAAGAUGUUGCAAGUGAUGGGCGCUGCCCACUUGGUUCCAAAAACUCUUGUGCUGCUGGAUCUGAAUCCCCUCAAAUGAGGAAAAAAACCAGUUUAGCAAGCAGGACUACUCCACCUGAUCAUUCAGCAGUGAAUAUAGCUAGGAGGAGGGGUUCUUUAAAGAGUGCUGAAAAGAAAACAGGUCCAUCAUUGUUCAGAAAAGUGGACUGCAAGAGGCCCUUGGACUGGAAAGUUGAAGUUGCAAUUCCUAAUGGUACUUCAUCUGGGUUUGGUGAUAAUGAUAAUGCCCCAGAAAGAAAGUUGACAAAACCAGAAACAAAACGGACCCCUCUGAGUAAGAAUUCUGACCAGAAGACACUUAAAUUUGGAUGUCUGAAGUCUGGUUCUCGUGUAGUUCCUUGCCAUGAGGAGAGUCCAGUAUCAACUGUUGUAGCAAGUAAUGUCAUUGAGAAUCACCAUAAUAACCACAAAGAGUGUGAGGAUUUAUCUUUGAUUCGCAACCAACUUGUUCAGAUUGAAAGGCAGCAAUCUAGCCUACUAGAUCUCCUACAGAGAUUCAUUGGGACUUCACAAAAUGGAAUGCGUUCUCUGGAGACACGUGUUCAUGGCUUAGAGUUGGCACUGGAUGAGAUCUCAUAUGACUUGGCUAUAUCAAGUGGAAGGAUGACGGGUUCCCACAGAACCACCUGUUGCAUGCUACCUGGUGCUGACUUUUUGAGCUCCAAGUUAUGGAGGAAAACAGAAAGCCGCUAUUCAACCUCUAGGUUCUGUUCUACUGGCACUCCGUCAUUGGCUUCCAUGCGCCAUAGAGCUGAUAAAAAUGGCAAUCUUGAAACGCAUAACUUGGAGAGUCACAGGUUACGGCUUCAGUGUGGUGGUGGAUUCAUAGUGAAUCCCUUGGCAGAAAUUCACGAAUCAAGGGGAAUCUCAGAGGGGGCAAAAUUCUAGCCGAGGAAUCAGCAGAUAUAUAUAUGCUUUAAAAAUGGUACAAUUUGGUUGGACACUUAAUUGUUUGCUGUAUUGUUAAGAAAACCAUGAAAUGAUGUAGGAACUAAGGGAGGUCAAGAUUAUUAGUACGGGGGAUGCAUCCAACCAGUUCGAAGUUGCCUAAUGAAAAUUAUAUGACGGAUGCAAUUCAGUACAGCUUACUGGCCAGAAGUAAUAUCUCAUCAUGCUCUUUUGGAGUAACAAAGUGACAGAAGAGACGCCAUUCAUUCAGUGAUUCUUCAUUUUAGUAUAAAAUUUUCUCUCUCUCUCUCUCUCUCUCUCUCUCUCUUUCCUUUACUAGUAUUUUGAAGGCUGGAAGAAAAAUUACCACCAAUUAUAUCCCCAGUCCGGUAUAUAGAGUGUUAAAUGUGUAUAGAGAGUACUACUUUCUAUCGCCUGGGUUCAUCUUUUAUCCUUCUUUCUUGAUUGUUAUAAUUUUCAAUUAUAAUGACGGCGUGAUUCCGGCAAUAUCGUCAUAGUUUAAAUUUUAAAAAUAGAUGCUGAUUGA